GGUUUGUGGCAGCUUGACAUGGUGGCAGGCAAGCUGGACGGAGGCCGACCGCGCACUGGCCGCCACGCGUCCACAGCGAUGAUCGUCGGCGCCGUCGUUGCGCUCUUCAUCGUCUACACGAUCGUCAUGCACAGCGUCUUCUCCGCGCCGGCGGCGGCCGACAGCGAAGGCUAUCACAUUGGCCAGCGGGCGGACGCCAAGGCGGUGCACGAUCCCGCGGCGGUCCCGCAUCCGGGCGACGACGCAGAUCCACCGACCGCCAUGCAUCCCUGGGUGCGCAAGCCUGGGCGCCGCUACGUGUGGAUCGACGUGACGAUCGAUGGUGUUGCAGCGGGCCGCGUCACGGCCGAGCUCUACAUGGACAUUGUGCCCAAGACGGCCGAGAACUUUCGCGGCCUCGUGACCGGCGACAACGCGCGGGGCUUUAGCUACAAGGGCUCACGCUGCCACCGCAUUUUGGCCAACUUUGUCGUGCAGUGCGGCGACUGGGAGCGCGGCAACGGCACGGGCGGCAAAAGCAUCUACGGUGGCGACUUUGAGGACGAGAAGGCGGGCUUGGCGCUUGAACACAGCAAGCGCUACGUGCUGCAGAUGGCCAACGCCGGGCCCAACACGAACGGCGCGCAGUUUUGCUUCAUGCUGGCGCCGCAGCCGCACCUUAACGGCCACCACGUAGUCUUUGGCGAGGUCGUCGAUGGCUUUGAGGUCGUCGACGCCAUGGAAGCCACGGGCAUCGCCUCCGACAGUGACAAGCUUGCGCGUGACGUGGUGCUGGCCGACGGUGGCGAACUCUUCUUCCAUUAGGCAGAUAUGUACCACAGCAUUUGCGCUAUCCAGAAUCUAGUUUUGCCAGGUCUGAGAACGACCAGAUACUGCGUUUCCCAUGCGACGGCUUUGAACAUGCAUUGUCC